AUGUGCAUCGGCCUCCUAGCAACGUCGCACCCCAAGUAUGCGCUGGUAAUCCUAGACUCGCGGGAGGAGUACAUACUGCGCCCGACAUCGCGGCCGCACUUUUGGACGCACCGGCCCUCGGGCAACGUGGUGCUGUCGUCGCGGGACCUGCUGCGGGCCACGCGCGGCACCUGGAUGGGCAUGACCCGGACCGGCCGCGUCGCCGUCCUGACAAACUUCCGCGAGCGCGUCGACCCGGCCGAGCAGAAUUCCGUCUACGGCGUCAAGAGCCGCGGCGAGAUUGUCAAUGCCUGGCUCGGCGCCCCCGCCGGCGAGACCCUGGACCACUUUGUCGAGAGGACCCUCGAGGGCGGCCUGCUCAAGGGCGUCGGUGGCUUCUCGCUCAUAUGUGGAGAUCUCAAGGCCCAGCCAUCCUCGAGCAACGGCACAGAGGCAAACGGCGAACCGGCCAAGACCAAUGGUAAAGGAGACGACAAGACUAUUGGCCCCUUUGUCGUCAUCUCGAACCGCAGCGACGCCGUCUCGGGCGUGCCACACAUUGCCGACAAGAGGGGCCAGGUAUGGGGCCUAAGCAACACAACCUACGAGGACCCUCCGACCUGGCCAAAGGUCAUCCUGGGCCGACAAUUGACGCAAGAGGCCAUUGAGAAGGCCGUGGCCGAAGACGCCGACGAGGACCGGCUCUUUGACCUGCUAUUCGGCGUCCUCGACACUAAUCGCAUGCCGGUCCGGGACCCCAGCCUCGGCCACGAGGAAUACGUGGAUCAGCUCAAGAACUCCAUCUUCUGCCCUGCCAUCACCGAUGAGCAGCGUGAGCGCGACAUGGCUGCCGCAGUCGCUCGCGGCAAGAUGAAGCCGGCCUUUCACGAAAUCGAGGACGAGAGUCGUGAGCUUGCCGAGGCCGAGGACGCUCCGGCCAUGUUUGAGACUGGCGCAUACGGCACCCAAAGGCAGACGGUCAUCUUGGUAGACUGGGAAGGGCGUGUCACAUACAAGGAGAGGGCAUUAUGGGAUGCUCAUGGAAACCCCAUUGAAAGAGGCAAGGGUGACGUUGUAGUCAAAUAUGAUAUUGAAGGCUGGUCGUAG